GACAUUCGGUGCCCUGGUGGAGCGGGCGCACCCUCCUGGCUGAGCGGACAGGUUCUCUCGUCGGAGAUACGUGUAACACACCAACUUACAAUGACCUAGGAAAGGCUGCCAAGGAUGUCUUCAACAAAGGAUAGAUUUGGCAUGGUCAAAAUAGAUCUGAGAACCAAGUCAUGUAGUGGAGUGGAAUUUUCUACUUCUGGUCAUGCUUACACUGAUACAGGGAAAGCAUCAAGCAACCUAGAGACCAAAUACAAGAUUUGUAACUAUGGCCUGACCUUCACCCAAAAGUGGAACACAGACAAUACUCUUGGGACAGAAAUCUCUUUGGAGAAUAAGUUGGCUGAAGGGUUGAAACUGACUCUUGAUACCAUAUUUGUACCGAACACAGGAAAGAAGAGUGGGAAAUUGAAGGCCUCCGAUAAACGGGAUUGUUUCAGUCUUGGCAGUAAUGUUGAUAUAGAUUUUUCUGGACCAACCAUCUAUGGCUGGGCUGUGUUGGCCAUUGAAGGUUGGCUUGCUGGCUGUCAGAUGAGUUUUGACACAGCCAAUUCCAAACUGUCACAGAAUAAUUUCGCCCUGCGUUACAAGGCUGCAGACUUCCAGCUGCACACUCACGUGAAUACUGAAUUUGGAGGGUUGAUCUACCAGAAGGUGAACGAGAAGAAAAACCUCGCGUGGACGGCUGGCAGUAACAACACCCGUUUCGGCAUCGCCACUAAGUACAAGCUGGAUUGUAGAAUUUCUCUAUGUGCUAAAGUGAAUAAUGCCAGCCUGAUUGGACUGGGUUAUACUCAGACCCUUCGACCAGGAGUGAAACUGACCCUGUCAGCUCUAAUCGAUGGAAAGAACUUCAAUGCAGGAGGGCACAAGGUCGGGCUGGGAUUUGAACUAGAAGCUUAAUGUGGUUUUGAAUAAAGCAUCAGCUUUGUCCCUGGAGGUGAAGAGAAAUGAACCCACUAUGUUUUGGCCUUAAAAUUCUUCUGUGAAAUUUCAAAAGUGUGAACUUUUUAUUCUUCCAAAGAAUUGUAAUUCUCCUCCCACUGAAGCCUAGAUAUCGAGUCCAGCCUAAGGGAGGUGUGCUUGAAGGCAUGCCCGGAAGUUGUCAUGUUCGUGCCACAUUUCAUUUCAGUUCCGCAGUG